UUCAACUUUUAUUUGCCUUCUCUUUUUUCCGCUUUUAACCGUUACAAUCUGUCCUCAGCUUCCACAAUAUAAUUAUUUUAUUUGUUUCAACCGGCUUAGUCAAUAUUGUUUUUCAAAGGGUUCCAUGUUUGCAGAGAAUAUUUGGAUAUAUAAGGUAAUUUGAUCCUUCCCCUAAUGCUUUACUACAACGAAUCUUAGCCCGUGAACUGCAGUAAAAGUGAAGGCUUUCUGGGGUCUUUGGGGUUCUUUCUUUAUCUACUGCAAUAUUCCAUUGUUGUUUCUGGCUAACUUCAGAUGAAAGUUCUGGCAUGCUUUAAAGGUCCUUUUUUCUUUCUCUCUCCUUACAUUUUCUCUUAUAUAUGAUACAGACCUGAGAUGGAGGGAAACCUUGUGGAGUUUGCAAAACCAAGUUUUAGUCUUUAGAAUAUAUUUUCUGGAGAUAUGAAGUGAAUUUUUGAACCAAAGAUGAAAUCAUUCAGUGGGUUAGGGAUUGGUUUAAGUUUGGUUUUUGGCUGUCUUGUAUUGGCUCUUGUUGCGGAGCUUUACUAUUUGCUUUGGUGGAAGAAGAAGAGAGUUGCUAGCUCUGAAGUUGAAUACGAUUACAUCAACUACGCAAGGGAGCUUGUUCAACUCUUCUGCUGGAAGAAAUCAUCAACUCCUUUACAUGCACCCACCAUCGCCAACAACCACCAAGAUAUUAAUGGUGUCGAGCUAGACCUCGAACUGGGGUCGACCAAGGGUUUGCAGCUAACGGGUGGGUUUGGAGAAGAGGACGUCGAAUCAGAGCUGAUGAGGCUCCACAAUCUGUCUGGUCCACCCAGAUUCCUCUUCACCAUCAAAGAGGAAACAAAGGAAGAUUUGGAGUCUGAAGAUAAAGGUUCAAGAAGAAGGAACUUGAAUGAUGAUAUGCUACCUAUGGACACUCCUUUCCAUAGUCCUUUGUCUUCUCCGCCAUUGAAGUCACCUUUGGGUUACCGCCAAGGAUUCAAUCCUCUCUUUGAAUCAUCGACGGAUGCUGAGUUAAAUAAGCUGAGAUCUUCACCUCCUCCAAAGUUCAAGUUCUUGAGGGAUGCAGAAGAGAAACUUUUACAGAGAUUGAUGUUAGAAGCUGAGAAAAUGGUACAAAGAAAUGGUGGUUCCUUUCAAGAUUAUGGUGUUAAAGCUGUUAAUAGUGCUACAAUUUCAACAGAAGGGACAAUGAUAGAAGGGUCUUUCCUUAAAUUCAUUGUUGGUAAGAACAGGGAACCUCUCCAGUGUUUACCACAUUAUCCUUCAAGUUCUUCUCAGGUGUUGCCAUUGGCUUCUUCUCCUACAACAUUCAGACCACCAGACAACCAAGACAGUAUGCAUUAGAUUCCUGCUAGACGAGUUUUUUUCCCUUCAAUUUAUUCUUUUAGGGUAUUGGUUUUGUUAGUUCAAAGUGGGGGGGGGCAAUCUGGUUUUGCCCCAUCAUCUUCCAUAUCCCCCGAGUCUCACUCAAACUGCCAUUCCUUCAUUGUGCUACAUUUCUUAAUUCUUAGCCAGCAAUAUGAAAGUGAUUAAAGUUUUCAGACAUUGUUUAAGGCAUGUAUUUUCACGAGCUAAUGAUA